CGCACUAUGCUUCAGUUCGCGAGCGAAGCGCCUAGCGAAGUAAAGCAUCUGUCGAGGUUCGACCGCCUGCAGCACUUUACCAUACCUUGCCCGGGAGAAAUUAGCGAUAUAGUCGACCUCAAAGUGCCUCGCAAUGACCUCCUGCUAUUUUUCCACCUACCUAACGUGGUCUCCCUCGAUCUGGACACUGUUCUUAGUUUUGACAACUAUAGUGCGCUUCCUAGCUGUGCGCCGGCUUGGAGGCAACUCAAGACGCUCCGCCUCUGCCACUCGUUUGUUUCUGCGGACACUGUUGAGCUUCUGCUGAGGCACGCUCCGCAGCUCAAAACGCUCGUCUACGACUGCCAUCUACCCGCGUCCGCCGGCUGCCUAGAUCUGGGAAAGCUGCGUCAGGGACUCGAACACGUCUGCAGCACACUGUCUAGUCUCAGGGUAGCAUACGAGAUCCUUGGUGACGAACUCAACCCGGACGACUUGGAAACAGUGGUCACUGGCAGCAUCGGCUCCCUCCGGAAUUUCGCCUCGUUGGCUGAGCUCGAAAUCUCCUUGAUAGCCCUCUACGGCCAAUCGCCUCCGAGCAGCGUCCCAUCGCUGGCGCAGUUGCUCCCCUUUAACCUUCAACAUCUGACUAUCGCCGACGACUUGUGGGAUCAUCCGGUAUUUGAACCUUGGCUUGGAGAAUCUACUAUGGAUCUACUCAAAGCGUUCUUUCAAGACGACUGGAUGACUGCGACGCCUUUGCUUAAGAAGUUCGUCUUCGAUAUGGAAGAAAGGAGAUGGGCAUCUGAGGACUACUGGACUGAAGACGAGCCACUGGAUGAGUUGGAACAGUUGUGCACCAAUCAGGGCCUGGUGUGCAUCAUUUUGGGUUGACCUGUUUCUCUCCAUCAUCCUGAGCAAUAUCUUCUCCGACCAGCUUCCGCUGAGCCUGAAGAGACUCCAUGGUUCAUCGGAAGUAAACAAUGUUGGAAGCUUAAUCUCGAAGACGAGAGACUCGGCGUUCUAGCUUAUGCGCGUUUCGAUGUCAUAGUGGUGGUCGCUUCCUAUGGAGGUCGAUGGAUGCGGCGCAGCUGUUAGGACCUCUACCCUACUAUACCGCUUUCGGGGCUUUCAUAUGGCGUUUUGAAGACGUUGUGGGAAUUUC